AUGCUUGUCAAAUAUGCGAUAAUUAUUGCUAUAUUGGCAACGUUUAUUGUUGUCGCAUGCAUACGGGUUGCGAUUCAUAGCCAUCGUUUGCGACACCAAAUCGUAGCACAUGAUAAAAACACACGCGCAAACGACGACGACGACGAUGAUGAAGAUGAUGAAGAUGAUGAAGAUGAAGAUAAAGAUGAUGAUGACGAUGAUGAUGAUGAUGACGAUGACGAUGACGACGACAGUGAUAGAAAGAAGGGUAAGAAUUGUACAUGUGCUAAAAAAUCGAUCAACUCCAAUUCAGACGAUGUUAGCGAUAAUAAUAUAGAUGAUGAUGGUGGUUCGACCAGUGGUUCAGGUGACUCGGGUGGAAAUGUGCCCCUCGUACCAACAGCAGAGGAGAAGGCAUGGGUCUGCGAUUCAUCCAAGAUGAAUGAUGACCGUGGCCCAAGUUGCCAGGACGUGGCAUGCGCCGAUUUAAAUGUAGAAUGCGGGGAUCAAUGGGGCGAAGACAAUGGAAAUUCAGGCGGCGUGACAGACGAACGUUGUGGUCUGAUAACAGAUAAGGACGAUAUUGCGUUUUAG